AUGCCUUCUUACUUUGUAUUUAAGAAUAAUAAGUUUCAAAGAAGGAAGCAGGGAAGGAAUGUAGAUGGCUGGCCGACCGUAAAGAAGGACGAUGCAUUAGGAAAAGUGUAUAUUAUCCAUCCACACAAUACUGAAUGCUACUAUCUUCGUAUGCUUCUUCGUGAAAUUAGAGGACCAACAUCUUUUUCAGACCUAAAGACUGUUAAUGGUAUCCUCUAUAAUACAUUCCAAUAUGCCUGUAAUGUGUUAGGUUUGCUUGAAGAUGAUAAUCACUGGAACAAUACGUUAAAUGAAGCUUCUUUGAGUGAUUCUCCUUCCAAGCUGCGUGAACUAUUUACAGUAAUGUUUGUAUUUUGUCAACUAUCGGAUCCCUUAACUCUUUGGGAUACACAUAAAAACAAUCUUUCAGAGGAUAUUAUCCGACAAAUGGAUGCUAACCAAAAAGAUGAGGCUCACAACAAAUGUUUGAUACAAAUUGAAGAUGCAGUGCUUGCUGUAGGAGGACAGAAUAUAUCAAAUUAUGGGCUACCUCAGCCAACAAGGACAGAAAAUAACUUUGUAAACAUAGUCUAUCAGAGAGAGAUAAGCUACGACCUGAAUACCUUAACAAAGGUAGUAGUGAGCAACGAGGCCUUACUGACGAACGAGCAAUACAAUGUCUAUAGUCGGAUAAUGCACAGCAUUAAAUCUGAUACUGAAACGCCAAUGUGUAAUAUACCAAAACAAAGUAAUAUAGCCAAAGUGCUUCGCAAUUGUAAGUUUAUUGUUUGGGAUGAAAGCACUAUGGUGCAUAAAAGAGGUUUUGAGGCACUUGAUAGAUCUCUUAAAGAUAUAAGAAAUAAAAAUGAAGUGAUGGGAGGAGCAACUGUUCUUUUAACUGGAGACUUUAGGCAAACUCUACCAGUUAUACCAAGGGGAAGUCGAUCAGAUGAAGUUAAGGCUUGCAUAAAAGCUUCUUAUUAA